UCACAUUCUCUGCUCCCGCCCACCACAUCCGCCCGCCCUCCGCGGUCACGCCUGGGACGGCGAGCACCUGCCAAGCAGUUAAAGAAGUUUUCCCUCUAGUCUUACUGAACCAUGGCACUACCUCCCAACACCAGCAAUCACAUCUCCUUGAAGCCUGAAGAGCCCUCAUGGAAUCAGGUGUGGACUUGUGGAAGGACUCUGUCAGGCCAUGACUGUCAGAUGGCAGCACAGAUGAAAAAAUGCCAGAAAAGCUUGGAGCCAACUGACUUCCAAAGCAACAAGCAGCUAUCAACUGCCUACCCUCAGCUCACCCUUCUUUUUUUUUUUAAAGUGAAAUCUAAGGACAUGGAUUUGAUUGACAUACUUUGGAGGCAAGAUAUAGAUCUCGGGGUAAGUCGAGAGGUAUUUGACUUCAGUCAACGACGGAAGGAACAUGAGCUGGAAAAACAGAAAAAACUUGAAAAGGAAAGACAAGAACAACUCCAAAAGGAGCAAGAGAAAGCCUUCUUUGCUCAGUUACAACUAGAUGAAGAGACAGGUGAAUUCCUCCCAAUUCAGCCUGCCCAACACAUCCCAUCAGAAACCAGUGGAUCUGCCAACUACUCCCAGGUUGCCCACAUUCCCAAACCAGAUGCUCUGUACUUCGAUGACUGCAUGCAGCUUUUGGCAGAGACAUUCCCAUUUGUAGAUGACAAUGAGGUUUCUUCAGCUGCAUUUCAGUCACUUGUUCCUGAUAUUCCCAGCCAAAUCGAGAACCCCGUCUUCAUUGCUCCUAAUCAGGCUCAGUCACCUCAGACUCUUGUCACUCAGUCAGUCAUUGCUGAUUUAGACAAUAUGCAGCAGGACUUUGAGCAAGUUUGGGAGGAGCUACUGUCCAUUCCAGAAUUACAGUGUCUUAAUAUUCAAAAUGACAAGUUGGUUGAGACUAGCACGGUCCCAAGUCCAGAAACCAAAAUGACAGAAAUUGACAACAAUUAUCAUUUCUACUCAUCGAUGCCCUCACUGGAAAAGGAAGUAGGUAACUGCAGUCCACAUUUUCUCAGUGCUUUUGAGGAUUCCUUCAGCAGCAUCCUCUCCACAGAAGAUUCCAGCCAGUUGACCGUGAACUCAUUAAAUUCAGAUGCCACAAUAAACACUGAUUUUGGUGAUGAAUUUUAUUCUGCUUUCAUAGCAGAACCCAGUAGCAGCAAUAGCAUGCCCUCCUCGGCUACUUUAAGCCAGUCACUCUCUGAACUUCUUAAUGGGCCCAUUGAUGUUUCUGAUCUAUCACUUUGUAAAGCCUUCAACCAAAACCACCCUGAAAGCACAGAAUUCAAUGACUCUGACUCUGGCAUUUCGCUGAACACGAGUCCUGGCCUGGCAUCACCAGAACACUCAGUGGAGUCUUCUGUCUAUGGAGACACACCGCUUGGCUUCAGUGAUUCUGAAAUGGAAGAGAUAGAUAGUGCCCCUGGGAGUGUCAAACAGAAUGGUCCUAAAACACAACCCGUACAGUCUUCUGGAGAUACAGUCCGACCCCUGUCACCAUCCCCAGGGCACAGUGCUCCAGUGCGUGAUGCCCAGUGUGAAAACACGCCCAAGAAAGAAUUGCCUGUAAGUCCCGGUCAUCGAAAAACCCCAUUCACAAAAGACAAACAUUCAAGCCGCUUGGAGGCUCAUCUCACAAGAGAUGAGCUAAGGGCCAAAGCUCUCCACAUCCCAUUCCCUGUUGAAAAGAUCAUUAACCUCCCUGUUGAUGACUUCAAUGAGAUGAUGUCCAAGGAACAAUUCAACGAAGCUCAACUGGCAUUAAUUCGAGAUAUACGCAGGCGGGGUAAGAAUAAAGUGGCUGCUCAGAACUGCAGAAAAAGAAAACUGGAAAAUAUAGUGGAACUGGAACAAGAUUUGGAUCAUUUGAAAGAUGAAAAAGAAAAAUUGCUCAGAGAAAAGGGCGAGAAUGACAAAAGCCUGCAUCUACUGAAAAAACAGCUUAGCACCCUGUAUCUUGAAGUCUUCAGCAUGUUACGUGAUGAAGAUGGAAAACCUUACUCUCCUAGUGAAUACUCCCUGCAGCAAACAAGAGAUGGCAAUGUGUUCCUUGUGCCCAAGAGUAAGAAGCCAGAUGUGAAGAAAAACUAGAUUUGGAAGGAUCUGACCUUUUCUGAGCUAGUGGGUUUUUUUUUUUUUUUUUUUGUACUGUUAUACUAAAA